UCACACGGCCCGGCCCCGUCAGUAUCGCGAGAGCCGCGCGCGGGCCGGGGGAGGGGAGGGGCGGUGGGGCCGCCCCCGCCCCGGGACCGCCGAGCGAGACAUGGACAUGGACCCGAACCUGGGCCCCGGCCCCGCCGAGGAGCCCCGCGCCUCCACAUCCACCGCCCCCGCCGCCGCGCAGGACCCCGGCGCCGAGGAGAAAAAUGAUCCCCCUUUUCAACUCAAACUUCCUCCAAAAGCGGCUAGACCUGACAAAGAAGUUGACCCGGAAUAUGAAGAGAAGAUGAAAGCAGAUCGAGCAAAAAGGUUUGAAUUCCUCCUGAAGCAGACAGAACUUUUUGCACAUUUUAUUCAACCUGCAGCACAAAAAUCACCAACAUCUCCAUUGAAAGUCAAGCUGGGACGGCCACGGAUGAAGAAAGAUGAAAAACAGAGUUUGAUUUCAGCUGGGGAGUACCGUCACCGGCGCACGGAGCAGGAGGAAGAUGAGGAGCUGUUGUCCGAGAGUCGGAAAACAUCUAAUGUGUGUAUUCGCUUCGAGGAGUCCCCCUCCUAUGUGAAAGGAGGAACUCUAAGAGAUUAUCAGGUUAGAGGUUUGAACUGGAUGAUCUCAUUGUAUGAAAAUGGUGUUAAUGGCAUUCUGGCAGAUGAAAUGGGUCUUGGUAAGACUCUGCAAACAAUAGCAUUACUAGGCUAUCUGAAGCAUUACCGAAACAUUCCUGGGCCACACAUGGUCCUGGUCCCAAAAUCAACUCUGCACAACUGGAUGAAUGAGUUCAAGCGCUGGGUUCCAUCGUUACGUGCUGUUUGCCUUAUCGGGGAUAAAGAUGCCAGAGCUGCAUUUAUCCGUGAUGUUAUGAUGCCUGGUGAAUGGGAUGUUUGUGUUACAUCAUAUGAAAUGGUAAUUAAAGAGAAAUCAGUCUUCAAAAAAUUUAACUGGAGGUACCUGGUAAUCGAUGAAGCCCACAGAAUAAAGAAUGAGAAGUCUAAGCUGUCAGAGAUUGUACGUGAGUUCAAGACAACAAAUCGAUUGCUGCUUACAGGAACUCCUUUACAGAACAACCUCCACGAGCUGUGGGCAUUACUCAAUUUUCUGUUACCUGAUGUCUUCAAUUCUGCAGACGAUUUUGACUCAUGGUUCGACACUAAAAAUUGUCUCGGUGAUCAGAAACUUGUGGAAAGACUUCAUGCUGUUUUGAAGCCAUUUCUAUUGCGUCGUAUAAAAGGUGAAGUUGAAAAGAGUUUGCCUCCAAAGAAGGAAGUAAAAAUUUAUCUUGGGCUCAGCAAAAUGCAGAGAGAAUGGUAUACAAGGAUCCUGAUGAAAGAUAUUGAUAUCCUGAAUUCAGCUGGGAAGAUGGAUAAGAUGCGCCUGCUGAAUAUUCUGAUGCAGCUGCGGAAGUGCUGUAACCAUCCUUACCUGUUUGAUGGUGCUGAGCCAGGCCCUCCCUACACCACUGACACACAUCUCAUCACCAACAGUGGUAAAAUGUUAGUGCUGGAUAAACUGCUGGCAAAACUCAGAGAGCAAGGUUCAAGAGUUCUCCUUUUCAGUCAGAUGACUCGCUUGCUGGAUAUUUUGGAAGACUAUUGCAUGUGGCGUGGGUAUGAGUACUGCAGACUUGAUGGACAGACACCACAUGAAGAAAGAGAGGAAGCAAUAGACACAUUUAACGCUCCCAACAGCAGUAAAUUCAUUUUCAUGCUAAGUACUAGAGCUGGAGGUCUUGGAAUUAAUUUGGCAACUGCUGAUGUGGUUAUUCUCUAUGAUUCAGAUUGGAACCCUCAAGUAGAUCUGCAAGCCAUGGACCGUGCGCAUCGUAUUGGUCAAAAGAAACCAGUACGGGUGUUCCGACUUAUCACUGAUAAUACUGUUGAAGAGAGGAUUGUAGAAAGAGCUGAAAUAAAACUGAGGCUGGACUCUAUAGUUAUACAACAAGGGAGGCUCAUAGACCAACAGUCCAACAAACUGGCAAAAGAUGAAAUGCUGCAAAUGAUCCGCCACGGAGCCACUCAUGUUUUUGCUUCCAAAGAUAGUGAGCUGACAGAAGAAGAUAUAACGACUAUUUUAGAAAGAGGUGAAAAGAAGACAGCUGAAAUGAAUGAACGAUUGCAGAAAAUGGGGGAGAGCUCCUUGCGAAAUUUCACUAUGGACACAGAGAUGAGCUUAUACAACUUCGAAGGUGAAGAUUACAGAGAAAAGCAAAAGCUGAGCAUGAUGGAAUGGAUUGAACCUCCAAAAAGAGAACGCAAAGCUAAUUAUGCAGUUGAUGCUUAUUUCAGAGAAGCCCUACGUGUUAGUGAACCAAAAGUCCCAAAGGCUCCCCGACCUCCGAAACAACCAAAUAUUCAGGAUUUUCAGUUUUUCCCACCACGGUUAUUUGAACUUCUGGAAAAAGAAAUUCUGUAUUAUCGUAAGACUAUAGGAUAUAAGGUCCCCAGGAAUCCUGAUCUUCCAAAUGCAGCUCAAGUACAAAAGGAGGAACAAAAGAAGAUAGAUGAGUCUAUGCCUCUGAAUACUGAGGAAACUGAAGAGAAAGAAAAACUUCUCACACAGGGUUUUACAAACUGGAAUAAAAGAGAUUUUAACCAGUUUAUUAAAGCUAAUGAGAAAUACGGGCGUGACGAUAUAGACAAUAUUGCCCGUGAGGUGGAAGGAAAGUCACCUGAGGAGGUCAUUGAGUAUUCAGCUGUUUUCUGGGAACGUUGUAAUGAACUACAGGACAUUGAGAGGAUUAUGGCUCAAAUUGAACGAGGAGAGGCAAGAAUUCAACGGAGGAUCAGUAUCAAGAAAGCCCUCGAUGCCAAAAUUGCAAGGUAUAAAGCACCUUUUCAUCAGCUGCGUAUUCAGUAUGGAACAAACAAAGGGAAAAAUUACACAGAAGAAGAAGAUAGAUUUUUGAUAUGUAUGUUGCACAAGAUGGGCUUUGACAAAGAAAAUGUGUACGAGGAGCUGAGGCAGUGUGUGCGCAACGCGCCUCAGUUCAGGUUCGACUGGUUCAUCAAAUCCAGAACUGCCAUGGAGUUUCAGAGACGCUGCAAUACUCUCAUAUCAUUAAUAGAAAAAGAAAAUAUGGAAAUUGAGGAAAAGGAAAGAGCUGAAAAGAAGAAAAGAGGAGCAAAAGUUACAGCAUCACAGAAGAGAAAAGCAGAUUUGGCUGCUGAGAACUCUGGGAAAAAAGAUGCCAAGAAAGUGAAGUCGUGAACCUGAAAACUGAAUGCUAAAUAUUAAACUGCCACUUUCUUCACUCCAUCUACAUGUAUUAAUUGCCAACUUCUUUGUAUUCAUGGUACUCUCCCCAAGUCCCAUGGUUUAAUUUUGCAAAUUUUGUAUACUUCUCAAUGCCUUCUUUACCUAAAAUGUGUAGCUUUAUAUCUUAUGCAUUCCAGUAUUUUUGUGUACUGUAUUUUGUGAGUUUCAUGUCUUUGGCAAAAUUCACUCAGUCCUUGGUUUUUUGAAGCUUGUGCUGAGGUUUUAGCUUUUAUAUGUUUUAUAUGCUGCUGCUUUGAAAGAAAACCUAGAUUCUAUAGCUGUAUUAUUGUUGUUUCAUAUUUUAAAUUUAUAUGGCUGUUGGAAAAUAAACUGACUUAAUUAUUUGAAGAGAAAUAUACUUCAUAUUUGUUUUCCCUACCCUCUCUCCCUUUUUUGCAUAGCUACAUUUAGAGAGAAUGUUAAAGUUUGUAUAAUUGUGCCUUCAUCAUCAAUCAGAUUUUUUUUCACAGGAGUGCUUAGACAGGAUUAGGAGCAUGACAGAACAAAAUCUAAUUAGACUGACAUCCUUGUUUGCUGUCAGCAUUAAAUGGACAUUUUUCUCUGAAAUGUUCAAAAUAAAAGCCAGCAAAUACUUAUACAGCAAAUACAAAUACUUUUUUAUUUUAUCACUGAUUUAAACACAGGUGAGGUGUUUCUCAGAGUGACCUCUAGAUGAAAACUUUUCUAUGCCAAAUAAAAGGAAGUAGUCAACUACCAGCUUCUUGUUGUUUAAGUAGCAAACAAAAUAAUUAAUUUUUGGAUAGGUAGGCUGCUCAGCUAUGCUGCCUUGUUGCUCUGAUUAUCUCUGCUGAAGUUCUGCUUUUACCUUUGAUUCAACAUGUCAGUCAGAAGCAAUGGGGAUAUGUUAUGGAGUGCUCCUUUUUAGUAUUUCUAUUUUAAUGAAGGGAUGAAAGUGUUGGAUGUAUGAUUUUUUGACUUUGCAAGAAUGGCCUUUACUAAGCAGGUUCAUAGUUUCUGCUCACCUUGGAGUCUCUGCCUUUCCCAGAUCAGUAGAACAGUGACUGUGACAUCUAAUGUUUUACUUUAAUGUUCUGUCUCUGAUCUGGUGUUUAGUAUGGACCUUGCUGCAGUGAGACAUGCCCUCAUAAUGUCAAGUCUAGAUUAAUGCAGUGUGCUUUACAUGGUACUUCCCUUGAAGACUUACUUGUACAUUUCUUCUGGUGCAGUUUGCUUCCUUCGGUGGUUUGAGGUGUUUUGAGAUGAAGAAACCUCUUUAAACUCCUUGUAUUUCGUGAUUUGCAUUGGGUACCUUCUGUAUUUGUAAAGUCAGGACUUUAUUUUAUAAAGUUCCUGAGUUCUGCCCAUGUUCUUUAAUGUCAUUUAAAAUAUAUUGAUAUGUCUUUGAAGUUUUCUGGGAUUAGUAUCUUAGUAUCUCAGUAUAAGUUUGAUGAGUAAUUUCCAGCUUUUCUUGGUGGUCUCUGUUUAAGGUUUGGGUUAAAAUGAGUGAGCAUUUUAAAAGAUGAAUAAUUUUAUUAAUUUGAAUAUAUUUUGGAAUGGCGUUUCUGUUUGGGGACCAAGUUAUUAAUAAGCUUUUAUUUGUAUGCCUUGUAGUGUAAAAAAGGGUAUUCCUCUGUUGAGGUUCAUCUGAUGAGUGGAGAUUUACAUCUGGUAAUGAUGGGGCACAACUUCAGGCAGAAGGUUAGUCAUGGGUGUCAGUGUGUGCUUUCAGUGAGUGGGCAACCCAGAUGGGAUAGGUCUGCUCAGAAAAGAAGCUUGUCUCUUCAGCUGAUGCUUUUGGUACUGGACUAGUUGACAUCCUGCUUUAUCCUUGGGAGAAGGACAUCUCAUGUAAUUAUGGACGAGGAAAAGGCUGUGCAGCUAUGUACAUAUAUAAUCACAAAUCCCUGGAGUAUUGCUAUUAAUAGAGAGAGGAAGAUGCCUUAUUUACAUUUGCUUUUCAGCUCAUAUGUCACUCACUAAGUUUAUGGCCUGAAAUUAUUAAAAACAGUUAAAAGAGGAGGAAAAUAAAAGCUGAAAAGCCAAUUGAAAUUUUUAUGGAAUUACAUGGCUAGGUCUAGAGCUUAUUCCAUUGCUCCUAUUUAGCAUUGGAUGAAUAUUUUAAUGUUUUAAGUCUUGAAAUAAGUGUAUUCUCAUUUUGUUUAUUGUAGAUUAGCUUUGUUUGACUUGCAUGUUUUUGUGUAUCCAAUUUCUCUGUGUUGCAAAGUGUAUGGAAAGACUUAAAAUGGUAAUAUCUUAACAUGUUCUUUUAUGCAGAUUUCUUGGUUUGAGUUACCACUUGAGUUCACUCUUCUCCUCCUCAGUGACACGAUAUACAAGUUCUAUAGCAAAAGAUCAUGCAAUUGUUCUUCCAGAUAUUAUCCCCUUGACCAGACAGCUUCUCUGAAGAAUGAUAGAUACUCCCAGGAGCUACCUGUUAUCUUUUACAGUCUGUAGUCCCUGGUUAAGCUGAAUGUGCUGUUGAACAACAGUCCUUGAGAGCACUUGUAUGCUAUAAACUAGUUCCUCAGUGUAGUGAGUCUUCCCAUCCAUCAUGUCCUACAGUGAUAACUAAAGAAAAUUGCUAACAGCUGCUGGUCAGGAUUAAAGUAAAAUGGAUCUUUCUUGUCCCUUUUCUGUUCCUGUAGUUGCAGGUACACACACAGUACGUGCCUAGCAAGUAUCUUAAAUGAUAUGCUGCUGCUGUGACUCAAAAUUAGAUGCUGGAAAUGAAAGAAUCUUCCUAUUUUUAACUGCUGUUUUCUUAGGUGAGGAAUACUGUUUGUAAGAAGUUAGUAAGCACUGAAUGUAACGUGAUACAAAACUUCUGAAAAGUCUAGGCCUUUAGGCAAUUUGAGAGUUGCCAAAAAUUUGACAAGAUAUAAAAUUCUGAAAAUAACUUAUGAGUUCCUGUUCAGCAGACAACUAAAAUCUGAUUGUGUUAGCGUUAGGCUUGAAGAAAGAAAAAGUCAUCUAGCACCUUUCACACAUCAGACAGUGCACAUAACAUCUUGGGAGAGGUCAGGACAAUUGUGGUGGGUUUUCUUUUUCACAUAUUCAUUACUUCCAAAUGAUCAGUCCUUUUAUUUUUGUCUUAUAUUAGUGAUGACAGCAAAAAAGUCAUGCUGCUGACCACCUUCAUUGUAUUUAAUUUCAGUUUGUUGUGAUGACACAGAGAAGGAAUGAACUUUCUUCUUGCUGGUAAUAUUAGACCAUCCUUAGAUACUGUUUGCACAAGUAGCUUUACUAUACUAAAAUAUUAAGUAAGAAUUUUUUUCUUAUAGAUUAGCACUGCUUGUUUGAUUUAGUGCUAGUGCUGGUCAUGGUUUAAAAAAAAAGUGCAGCUUUCACUCUGAGAUCAUAAGCAAGGGGUACAGUAUGCAAAAAUUAAUCAAAAUCUUUCUAAAUGCCUGAUAGAAAUAACUUUGUUGUGCAGUGCCUGCAGUUCCUGCUGGGCACUGCUGUGUUACAGGCGCUCUCUGUGCAUGCCUCUUGCCCAUGUUCAGUGGAGGGAUUAAGUACUUUCAGUGAUCAUAAAUAAAUGCCAAAGCCUUACAGCCUGAAAAAACGUGGAAUUUUGCAGUUAGUACCGGCUUAUGUGAAUGUAAAAUGACAAGGUUGGUGCAGAUAUUGGCACUUGUGUUGCUGGAGGGGAUUGAUCACUGACUGUCCUUCUGAUCUGAUUAAGAGAGCGUGACAGUUGUUACAUUUUACUUAAGUUUAUCUAGUCCGUGUACUUAGCUUCAAGCAUGUAUGUAAAUGCUUUAGUGGGUCACAGUUCUAAUGUUUGUUAUGUUCUUUUUCUGAAAGAGUUAAAGUUGAACUUAGUUUGCAUAUUUUGAAAUGUAAUGUACUCUUUUAAUUGCAUUUGCAUGAUAUCCAUUCUUUCAUGAGAGCCUUAAUAGAAGUAAUAUUUGCUGCCUCAAAGGUAUGUCUACAUUGUGUUGUUUAAAGGUAACUUCUGAACUUUUUCAAAUUGAGAUUUGUUUCCUAAGUUGUACAUAUAUGAAAAUAAAAAUUAAUAUGAACCCGAUGUCUUCUGGUAAUUAUACUUCUGGUACACAUGGGCCCACUCACUUGGAUACUGUACAAGAUAGUUUGAUUUGGUUUUGUUGCUAUUGUGUCUCCCAUAACUUUCAGGCUAUGGUGGCUGAAUGUAAGGGCUGUACGGUUGUUCCAUGUCUGCUUUCAAACUAUAAUUUCCUGUAAUCUAAAUCAAUAUACUAGUAGUGCCUAUAUUUUUGUGACAGCCUUGCCUGUGUUAUCUUGUAGUACAGUAUUGUACAAUGUAUGUUGAUCCUGUAUUAAAGUAUAUUGGUUAUUUCAUA